AACCUAACAUCUUCUCUUUGAAACCACUGAUUUCAAAUGUAACAUCGAGCUUCUGAGAAGCUUCUAUAGAUGUCUCUAGACAAGCUUCCGCCCCCUGUGAAAAUAUAAACUUAUUUUUAUAUAUGAUACUACCUCUUUUCUUUAUAUAAAAGUAAAGAAAAGCUUGAUACUUACAUGACAUGGAAAACGAGUGUCCAAAACGCCUAUUCACAGAUGGAAAUGAGCCACAAGUGGAGAAGAUAAAUAACAGCUGCAAAAUGUCUCUUCUGACCAAAAUAAAGGAAACGUUGCCAUCGGAGUAUGAUGAAGUUAAGAGAGAUCCAGUAUUCGCACAUGUCUUUGCAAUACACGAAAAUAAAAUAGUUACUGGUCUCAAGUACACUGAUGAUGGGAGCUGUGAUUAUGAGAAAUGGAAAGAUGAUAAAGGAUUUUGGAGUAAAUUGCUGAAAAGAGGUGGAGAUAUAUGCAUAAAUAAAUUGAUGACUAGCAUUGAAGAUGUUAAGAAGUGGAGGGAGAAGGACGACAGAAUUCGUUUCGUGUAUAUUUGUGUGAUAGCUGGGUUGGUCAUGGCUACGGGUGAGACCAAAAAGAUCGAUCAUUUAUACAUCAAGAUGGUGAUGGAUCUUCGUAACGUUCGUAAUUAUCCUUGGGGUCUUAAAGCUUAUGAUUAUCUACUACAAUGUAUCAUGAAAGCAAGAUCUGCUUUGAAGAAAACCAAAAGCUAUGUUCUAGAUGGAUUCUCAUAUGCACUUCAGAUAUGGGUGAUGGAAGCAAUUCCAGACAUUGGAACAUUGGUGGGAGAAAAGAUUAGCACUGAAUUGACUGCAGCUCCUCGAUGUUCUAAUUGGAAAGGCGCUGCAAAGGUAUCAUAUGAGGACAUCAUCUCGUUGGAGAUGUCAUUUACAUCACAUGCUGUCUUUUAUCCAUUCAUUUCUUAUUCAGGAAAUGAGUUCAUUGAUGACAAAGAAUUUGUAUGGCCUGAUGAAAUCAGAGAUGGUGAAGUGGAUAAUAUGAUUGAAAUGAUCAAAUCUGGGAAUGAUUUUGGAGACCAUGUUUGGGGAAGUGUUGUAGAUGAUAAUAUAGAAGGCGACAAUAUUGAGAAUGUGCAAGAGAAUGAUGUCGCAGAUAAGGAUGUUGCAACUGAAGACAUGAAUGAGGUCGAUCAUCUGAGAGAGCUAGUUGAAGAUGGGAAUGAAGAGAACCAUGUCUCUGGUAUGAAGAGGAGUAAGAAGAAACAAUCUGAUCACGGUGCAGAGACACGCAAAAAGAAGUUGCUUUGUCAACGAGCAGCAGCAGCAACACAUGGAGCUUUAAAUGACGAAAUGAAGUCCUUUCUUAAAGCAUUGUUUGAUUCUUCUUUUGAGAUGAUUAAAGCACAAUUGGGAAAACUAGAGGAUGAUAUAGCACUAGUGAAGAAACUGGUCUCCACAUCUGCAACUGCAAGUAUCACAACGAGAUCCACAACCUCGCAACCGUCCAAUCGAACAGAUCAGCCUAGAAAAGUUGUGGAUGAAAUGACGUCUUUAGAUGAUGACUUUUUAGACUUUAGUUUUGGUACACAAGACUUCUUAGAUAAAUCCAUGGGACACUUAUCUCAACCAUCACAGCUACCCGAAUUUGAUUCCACACAAAAUUUGAAUCGCAAUAAAAUCCAGAGCCUGAUCGAAAUUGAAAGCGAAGGUAAACAUAUUCCUGACGUGGGCAAAAACGACAAGGAUGCUGUAUUGGUGUUUGUUUCUGAGGCUAGAUGGAAUGCUUUUAUGGAGUGGAAUAUGAAGCACAAAGACUUAAAUUUUGGUCCUAGUGUUAUCAAUAAAGCAUUACUCGGUCGACUCUUGAAAGCGAACGAAUGGCUUAGCAACGUGGAUAUGGAUGCUGCGAUGUAUUUAUUUCGGGAGAAAUCAUCUUUAGGGCGAUUGGACUUAGCUCGUGUUGGUUUCAUGGACUGUUCAUUUGGCAUGCGACUCAACAACGAAUACACAAAGUUUGUGAAAAAUAAACGAAGCCACCAAUGGAGUAGUUUGAUCCAAGAUUACGCCAACGGCGAGUUACCUCCUCAUGGGAGGACAAGAAAACAAUGGAGAUCAGAUUUUGACCGUAUUUACUUUCCGCUCCAUGUCAAUGGUAAUCAUUGGAUUUCUCUGUGCAUUAACUUCAUUCAAAGAACAGUUGAUAUCUUCGAUUGUGCUGGUCACAACCAUAGAAGAAAUGUGGAGGCAUUCGCAAUCACCAUCCCACGAAUUCUCAAGGAAAUUCACACAAAAUCAUAUGGGAAAAAUCUACUAUUAUCUCCAUAUACUCUCGUUCAUGUUCCGGUGCCGCCUGGCCUUAAUAAAUCACGUUGUGAUUGUGGAGUGUAUGCUCUCAAAUAUAUCGAGUGUCACUUUAUGGGGCUUCCCAUGGAUAUAUUGGACGAUGUCAACAUUAAACAUGCACGUCAGCGGAUUGCAGUUGAUCUAUGGGAAGCAGCAUCUGAUCCCGUGUUCAUUGACCGAAUGGCAAAGUAUGAACCUCCACAACUAGAUUCUGAUACAAUAUAGAUCUAGUGAGAAACAUACACUUAUUGAUUUACGAGACUUUUUUAUAUCUCAAUUCACUUUUUUGUUAAGUCACUUUCAAGUAAAUCAAAAAUUUCCAC